UUGUAUCGGAUUGUAUCAAGAAUAACUGUAUCAAAUUUCACUUUUCGCUUUUCAGGUGAUCUGCACGCUCUUAUCGAUCAGGAGAGCUCUCAUCUUAAUGCGAAUCAGAUACUUAACAUUGAUGCAAUUCUGGAAGCAGUUCUGCAUAAGCUGUUACUGAAACGGGUCAAACCCCAUCUCUAUCACGUUAUGGUCAAAGAAAAUUCAAGAGCUGGCGGGUUACAAGCGCUAUCUGCUAAUAUCGCUUAUGUUCGCUCCUUGUCACUCAGCGAUUUAGGCUUUUCAAAUGCUGAUCAGAUGAGUGCUCCUCCUGCUUCUGUAAUGGAACAGAUCAAAAUUUGUCUACGAAAGAUGCAGCAUCACUAUUCUCCGCUGAAAAAGCUGGAAAAUCUGCUAAGAGCAAUCAGCAUAGUGAUGUCAUUGCAACCGAAUGACGACAAACGCUCAGAAAAAACUAUGGCGGCCGAUGAUCUCGUUCGAUGGCUUGUGUACAUCUUGGCUAGAACAUCAACUGUUGGCUGUGAGGUAGAAGCAUGGUAUAUGUGGGAAUUGUUGCCUCAGCAGAUGAUUACAAAGGGUGAUGCUGCGUAUUACUUAACAGCCCUAUUCUGUGCCAUUCACAUUUUGAAAAGCAUCGAUGCUAUCAAGAAACUUGCUGAAAAGGACGAAGAGAUGAUGAAUAGCAUGGAUCUUUCACAUCAGAUGUCCUCACCAGCAUCUUCCGCAUCUGAUGCUUUUGUGAAAGUAGCUAUACCGGACGAGAUUGCGGGUUGUAUCAGGUAUGCCACAUUCCCUGGUGUUCCGCAGAUGACUACAGGAAAGUUGUGCCGUGUGAUCGCUCAUCAGCAAGGUAUCACUAACCCAGAAGAUCAUGGACUGUGAGU